CACAUCCCCGAAUCUUUCGGCGCAAGUUUGCUCUCCAUUACACAAUCCGUGAUAAUGUCUAUGGCGAGCUUGUAUCGGCGAUUUCUUCCCUCUCCGCCGGCGAUAGAUUUUGCUUCUGUUGAAGGCAAGCUAAUCUUCAAUGAAGCGCUUCAGAAAGGCACAAUGGAAGGAUUUUUCAGGCUGAUUUCUUAUUUUCAGACGCAGUCUGAGCCUGCGUAUUGUGGCUUAGCUAGUCUUUCAAUGGUUCUGAAUUCUCUUUCUAUUGACCCGGGGAGAUUAUGGAAAGGGCCUUGGAGGUGGUUUGAUGAAUCAAUGCUGGAGUGUUGCGAGCCGCUUGAAGUUGUGAAGGACAAGGGCAUUUCAUUUGGAAAAGUUGUCUGUUUGGCUCAUAGUUCAGGGGCAAAAGUUGAAGCCUUCCGCACAAACCAGAUCAGCAUUGAUAAUUUUCGCAAAUACGUGGUCAAGUGUUCCACUUCUGAUAAUUGUCAUAUGAUCUCAACAUAUCAUAGAGAAGUAUUCAAGCAGAUGAAUUCCAGCAAUCCUUUAGGUGGUCCUGUGUAUCUUUAUGUUUUUACGAACUUCAUGCUAAUAUCUAGACCCCACCGAGAACCAGGAUUACUCUAUACUCUGAGUUGUAAAGACGAGAGCUGGAACAGCAUAGCAAAGUAUUUAAAGGAAGAUGUUCCUCGUCUUGUAAGCUCACAAGAUGUUGAUACCAUUGAAAGAAUUUUAUAUGCUGUAUUCAAGUCACUUCCGUCAAAUUUCAACCAAUUUAUCCGAUGGAUGGCUGAGAUUCGAAGAACAGAGGAUGUAAGUCAAAAUCUCAGCCCUGAAGAGAAAUCAAGGCUCAACUUAAAGCAAGAGUUGCUGAAACAAGUGCAGGAUACUGAACUGUUCAAGCACGUUGAUAAGUUUCUAUCUUCUGUGGGUUACGAAGACAAUCUGCCAAAUGUUGCUGCCCAGGCUUGUUCUCAAGGAGCUGAAAUCUUGUUGGAAGUAGAACCAGAUGAAACAGAUGAAACCUGUUGUCGGGAAACUUGUGUGAAAUGCAUCAAGGGUCUUGGGGAGGAGAAAAUGAAGGUCGGAGCUUGCCCAUCCGGGAACGAUGUGUUCACAGCUCUUCUGUUGGCUCUGCCUCCACAGACUUGGUCAGGCAUCAAAGACCAAUCACUUUUGCAAGAAAUGAACCAGCUCAUUUCCACGGUCAGCCUCCCAACUUUGCUUCAACAAGAGGUUUUGCACCUACGGCGCCAACUUCAGAUGCUAAAACGAUGCCAGGAGAAUAAAGAAGACGAGGACCUCUCUGCACCUGCCUAA